AUGAAUAGACACAGCCUGGGCAGAGUUCGAGGGGCUGGAGCAGACCUGGGGGUGUGCUUAGUUCUGGGAGCGGAUACAGGUUCAGAGGCGGCCGGGUCCGCGGGCACAGGAUCAGAGGCGGCCGGGUCCGCGGGCACAGGAUCAGAGGCGGCCGGGUCCGCGGGCACAGGAUCAAAGGCGGCCGGGUCCGCGGGCACAGGAUCAGAGGCGGCCGGGUCCGCGGGCACAGGAUCAGAGGCGGCCGGAGCCGCGGGCACAGGAUCAGAGGCGUCCGGGUCCGCGGGCACAGGAUCAGAGGUGGCCGGAGCCGCGGGCACAGGUGAGCGGGCACCCACAAACAUUGUGCACAAAGCUAACAGUUUCAGCACCGGGGACAGCAGCCAGAACGCUUGCCGCACUGUUCAUGGGGCAGAGGGCAGGCGUGUGGCAGAUCCGCAAACAGAGCACGCUAGAGUGUGGUGGCCACCGAAGUAG